AUGAUAGCUUUACAUCAAUUUGAUUAUAUCUUCGCUAUAGCGAUGAUUUUUGCAUUCUUGGACGCCUGGAAUAUUGGUGCCAAUGAUGUUGCAAACUCAUUCUCCUCAUCAGUUUCGUCUCGUUCCUUGAAGUAUUGGCAAGCUAUGAUUUUGGCUGCCAUGAUGGAAUUCUUAGGUGCAGUCCUUGUUGGUUCUCGUGUUUCCGAUACUAUUAGAAACAAGAUUGUUGAUGUUGAAGUCUUUGCAGCUGAACCAGCUGUUUUAAUGUUGUCCAUGGCCUGUGCCUUGAUUGGUUCUUCCACUUGGUUGACUAUUGCUACCUCCAUUGGUAUGCCAGUUUCCACCACUCACUCCAUUGUUGGUGCUGUUAUUGGUGCUGCCAUUGCUGCUAAAGGUGCUCUGAACAUUCUUUGGGGUUGGAGUGGUGUUUCUCAAAUUAUUGCAUCUUGGUUUAUUGCCCCAGGUAUUGCUGGUGCUUUCGCUUCCAUUAUUUUCCUUAUUUCCAAAUAUGGUGUCUUGGAAAUUAAGAACCCAAAAACUUCUUUAAGAAAUGCUAUGUUAUUAGUUCCAAUCUUAGUCUUCUCUGCUUUCUCCAUCUUAACUAUGUUGAUUGUCUGGAAGGGUUCUCCAAAGCUUAACUUGGAUGCUUUAUCUACUGGUACUACUGUCGGUGCUAUCUUUGGUACUGGUGCUGUUGCCGCUCUGGUUUACAUGAUCUUCUUAUAUCCAUUCUACAGAAGAAAGUUGGUUCACGAAGAUUGGACUUUACAAUGGUACGAUGUUUUCAGAGGCCCAGUUUAUUGGUUCAAAUCUACCGACAAUAUUCCACCAAUUCCAGAAGGUCAAACUUUAACUAUUGAUUACUAUAAGGGUAGAAGAUAUGACGAAGCUGGUAACGUUAUUAAUGAUGAUGAAGACGACCAAGAAUCAGUUACCAAGAAGGAUGGACAAGAAGGUGAUGAAAUCCGUCCAGAUAUUGAAAAGGAUGCAAACUCUUCCGACUCCAUUACUUCAACCGAAGCUGCAAAGAAGAAGGCUGCUGCCACUCACAAGACGCACAGACAUCCAAGAACUUUCCCAGAAUACGGUGCCCUUAUCAAAGAAACUGCUAUGAACUGGCCAUACGUUAUCUUCCUUCUUUUAACUCAUGGUGUCAGACAAGAUGUUAUUUCCGACCAAGCUAACUCCAAAGAUAUUCUUGCUGGUGAUUUAGCUGGUAUGCACACUGCCUCCAAAUAUUACGACAACAAGAUUGAAUUCAUGUACUCCCUUUUACAAGCCAUCACUGCCUGUACUAUGUCCUUUGCUCAUGGUGCCAAUGAUAUUGCCAACGCCACCGGUCCAUUAGCUACCGUCUAUCUUAUCUGGACUUCUAACACUACUGCUGCAAAGGCUGAUGUUCCAAUCUGGGUUCUUUGUUAUGCUGCCAGUGCUUUAGUUAUUGGUUUAUGGACUUAUGGUUACCAUAUUAUGGCUAACUUGGGUAACAAGUUGAUUUUACAAUCUCCAGCCAGAGGUUUUGCUAUCGAAUUAGGUGCCGCCGCUACUACUGUCAUGGCUACUCAAUUGAAGAUUCCUGUCUCUACCACUCAAUGUGCUGUCGGUGCUACUGUUUUCGUUGGUUUAUGUAACAAAGAAUGGAAGACUGUUAACUGGAGAAUGGUUGCUUGGUGUUACUUAGGUUGGAUCUUUACCUUACCUUGUGCUGGUUUGAUUGCUGGUAUUCUUAAUGCUAUCAUCUUAUACUCUCCAUCUUUGGGAAUGAGUUACUCUUUAACCAAUUAG